GAACGUUGGACAUCUAAAAAGAUAAUGGAAUCGCAGACAACCGUGAAUUUAUAUUGGCUUUGAUGAGACAAUUGGCACGGGCAAGAACUGAGGAUGCAUACGAAAAUGCCCUGCAAAAAGUUAAAGACACUAGCGAGUGGAAGACCAAUAACAGCUUUAAAAGGUGGCUGGAAAACACGUGGAUAAGACACAAAAAGAGAUGGGUAUGGGCAUUCAGAAAAGAGCGUCUGCUUGUUUAUGUUAGCACAAACAAUGGGUUGGAAAGACAAAAUGGGGCUUUCAAACACCAGUAUUUACUGACUUUACGAAAGUAUUCUCUCAGCGCAAUGUUAACAAUUCUUGUAAAUGAAUUUCUUCCUGACAAAUACGAAAGCUACAUCAACGAAAAUACAAAAUGCUCCACAGCAUAUAAGCGUUAUAACAAACAGAUUCCAGAAUUUCUGCAUAAUCGUCCUAACUACCUUAUCGACCAUUGCAUGAAACGUCUUGUUUAUGCUGAAGAUGUACGUUCAAUCGCUUUGGUGGAUGACUCUAUGGGUGCAUUUUUAGUAACCAGUGAAAUGGGAAAGCACAACUAUCAUGUAUAUUUUAGGGCACCUCAUGACACAGAAAUACCUUGCUGCGAGUGUCUUGACUGGCAACGAAACUAUUUACCAUGCAAGCACUUAUUAGCGAUUAUUCAAAAUAAAAAAUUUACAAGUUGGGGAUGGAAAAACCUACCAACAGCAUAUAAAGAUUCUCCAUUUCUGACCUUAGAUGUCGAUAUAUUGUUCAAACCAAUUGAUCAUAUUUUGAAAAGAGUUGACGAUGCUCAGCAAGUUUGUGGUGCAGAAAGUUUUCAUGACCAAGAAAAGAAACAGAAGAAGCUGACAUAA